AAACCCUUCGUUCGUCCCGCGAUGAGCAGCUGAAUCUGUCCGGGACAGACAGGGAAGAUGGCGGCGACUGACCAUUCCCGGUCCGAAGCUGCCAAACAGCGACGGCGGGAUCAGUUACAGCGAUGGUUGGGUUCAGAGACCGACCAGACGGGAACAGAAACUCGUCAAACUUCGACUGGUUCCGGGACGCGGCGGCCGAUAGUGCGGUUCGCGCAGGGAGCCGUGUUUAUGGCCGCCUGCUCCGCCGGGGACCGGGAGGAGGUGGCGGCGUUGCUCCGGCAGGGAGCUGACAUCAACCACGCCAACAUAGACGGACUGACAGCGCUUCAUCAGGCCUGUAUUGAUGAAAAUGCUGAGAUGGUGCAGUUUCUGGUGGAGAGUGGGAGUGGCAUCAACAGAGGAGAUAACGAAGGCUGGACCCCUCUGCACGCCGCCGCCUCCUGUGGCUUCAUCCAAAUUGCAAAGUACCUAAUAGAGCACGGCGCUCAUGUUGGGGCAGUGAACAGUGAAGGAGAGCUUCCUCUGGAUGUGGCCACAGAAGACGCCAUGCAAAGACUUCUCAAGAGUGAAAUAAAAAAACAGGGAGUAGAUGUGGACAAGGCCCGCAAGGAGGAGGAACGUGUUAUGCUACAGGACGCUAUGGCGGUGUUGGCAAAAGGAGGCACUCUCACACCUCAUCCAAACACCAAAGCCACUGCACUGCAUGUAGCUGCUGCCAAAGGCUACGUCGAAGUCCUGAAGGUGCUGUUGCAGUGUAGACUAGAUGUGGACAGCAGGGACAUUGACGGCUGGACAUCCCUGCAUGCGGCAGCUCACUGGGGACAGGAGGACAUGUGCACCCUGCUCGCAGACAACAUGUGCAAUAUGGGUGCUGUAAACAAUGUGGGCCAAACUCCUUUGGACGUCGCUGAUGAGAACUUGGUGGACAUGCUGGAGGAGCUACAAAAAAAGCAAAAUGCUUUACGUACUGAGAAAGCGAAACAGACUCCUGUUAUUGAGACCAGUCAACCAAUCUCCAUGGUACCAGUUCGUCCUCGCAGGACCUCUAUCUCUCGUAUGAGCAGUAAAGAGAAGAUCUGCCUCCACGAACGGGAGAAACACGCUCCUCCCGCCCUGCAGAGCACCCCGGCCGAGGAAGAGGAGGAGGACUCCCAGACAGUUCCAAGCCAGGCUAAAGCCUCCAGCAGCUCCAGCUCAGAGGAGGAGAGUGAAUCAGAGAGUGAUGCAGAGUCAGAGAAAGUGAAAAACCGAGAGAUCAUAAACAACUUGAACAACAAACGCAACACCACCAGCCUCCUUCCUACCUCCAUGUCAACGGGUACUGCUGCAAACCAAGUGAAAAAGGAAACAAGCAAGCCCAUGACCACUGAGGCCCCAGGCUCUUGGAGAACAUCUCUGAGGAAGGCGGGCAGUUCUGCUGCUCUGGGUACAGUCGGGCUCUCUGAUUCCAGUCAGGAUUCAAACAGGCCUCCAGGGUCUGGUCUGGGCAUGACCCGUUCUGCGUCCAGUCCCCGCCUAAGCUCUGAGGCUGACACCAAGGAGCCAAGGCUCGCUCGUGUACCACCCAUUCCAACGCGCAGACUUUUCAGUAUUCCAGACAACACCUCUGACAAUUCUAACAGUUGGCUAAGCUGUAGCUCCUCUUACACUCGGCGCCUUCACAGUCAAUCAGGGAAUGAUCUCACUAGUUCCAACCCCUCUUUGCCUCACAGCUCAUCUUAUGGAAAGAGACUGGAUGACCCCACUGUGACCUCAACUAACGCAGGAACAAUCUCCGCUGGACUUGGCCGCCUUAAUAAUGUCUUGGCCCAAAGACUUCCUCAGGAACAGACAGAAAAGAAGGAACAACCUGCCGUCACCACCUCCAACCCUCAGAGCAUGACCACAGGCGAAACGGAGACAAAGCAGAGGCGGAAGUCCUAUUUAACUCCAGUAAGGGAUGAGGAGGCCGAGGCACAGAGAAAGGCUCGCUCUCGACACGCACGGCAGUCCCGCCGCUCUACUCAGGGGGUCACACUAACAGACCUUCAGGAAGCAGAAAAGACGAUGAAGACGAUGAAGAUGGACAACAAAGGGAAAGAAAAGGAGGAUGAAGAGAAGGAAAAAGAAAAGGAAACAAAACCAAAGAAGGGAGAGGAAGGGGAAGUAAGCUGGAGGUCUCGUAUUGCCAGUCUGCAGAAGUCAGACCUGCUCGGCCUCACACAACCUGCUGGCACUCUGCGGACUCAGAUCUCUGACAGGAGAGAUGCUGAAGCAAAUACAGGAGAGAGUGAGACGGAGCGAUGGGCCAGGGAGCGGAGGGAAAGGAGGCAAGCCCGGGCCAGAAGGAAGGCACAGAAAUCUGGAGAGAGUGACGACAAUGAUCCCAGUGGAGAGGAAGAGUUCUCAGGCAGUGGACUGAAUCCACAGACCAACCAAAACAUGACUUCUAGGUCAGACAUAUCCUGUAAUGAGCACAUCCAUGGGAGAGGUGCUGAUACCAAGGAUUUUAAGAAGCUGUUUGAGGAUUUGUCCAGGGAGAACGGCCAGCUACAGUCUCAGCUGCAGGACACUCAGAGAAUAGUUAGUCAGACCAGACUGGACCUGGAAAAGGCCACACAGAGACAGGAGCGUUUCAGCGACUGUUCAGCCCUCCUGGACCUGGAGAGGAAGGAGCGGAGGAUUUUGGAGCGACGUAUGGCAGAGCUAGAGGAAGAGCUCAAGGUUCUGGUCGACUUGAGAGCAGACAACCAGCGCCUUAAAGAUGAAAAUGGAGCCCUGAUCCGUGUCAUCAGCAAGCUCUCCAAAUAGAUGAAAAGAACGAUAUGAGAAGGGAAGUCCCCCCCCCCCCCCCCAUCCAUCCCUUCCUUCGUCCACGCUUUCCUUCCAGUGCCAAAGAGCAAAGAGAGACAAAGGGAGGUAGAGGGGGAGAGAAGCAACUGAAAGUCUGAUGUGAAUGAGCACCACAGCUUGUGAUGUCGCUCUGCAGUCUUGAGACAGUCAGAGUGACUUUUGUGUGCCUUAAUGCCUGUUUGUCACAUGAAGGCCUGCGGUUAUGGUAACAGGCUCGACAUCAGCCACAAGCCAACGGCUGAUGCAACACAGAAAGUGGAGAUCACCAGUGUGCACACAUUCCUAUACGUGCACCACGUACGUCCUCGAUGUACAUUCCACGACCACACAAGACAAACGUGAUCCUUAUAGCUCCCACUCAGUAUUUAAUUGUUGUGAACACAUAUUCACGAGUUUACCCCACAACCCCUCCUAGUCUAAUGUGGUAACACGAGCAGAGAAGGUUUGGCUGUGGUUCUUCAUAUAACUCUGUUCACAGCCCAAAGAUGGUACCUACCCCAACUACACCCAGGCUUAAAGUGGGCUAGCCUGUUUCAUAACCCUGCUAUAUUCUGGGCAAUACACUAGGUUAUUGUUUAAAUCAAGUCGGGUCUGGGGAAUGCGCUGUUGCUGUGUGCCACUGCAUCCACCACUCUAAGGAGCUGCCCCACGUCCUGGAAGGCAACCGCCCAGGCAGACAACAAAUCCAUCCCCACCUGUCCAUACUCUCUGAGUAUAAACUCUUCUCAGGGUAUAAACAAGCAUAGGCUACUUUAUUCUUUGGUUCAUAUUUUUGCGAAGGGAAUAAUCUGGCCUUUUACAUCCCGGCUCCAACUGUGUCUCAGCUCAACAUUUCAGCCUCUGACUUUAUUUUCCACAAAGUCUUGGUGACAGACGAAGUCCACGUUGCUUCCUUGACAGUUUUCUUUCUACAUGCAAGUGUUUGAAGCCACUACCUCUCCACCUAUGCACUUGUCCACACGUUUCUUUUUUUUUUUUCUUUUUUUUUUUGUGACCACAUGCACUCCAUGCUCUUAAUAAUCGACCGCGGACCCAGGUCAGUUGACCACAGCACUUUACUCUCAACGAAGCAAUUAAAAGGGCUGUGAGGUUUCGCCCGUUUCUCCAGGUUGGCAAAUGUGUUUGGAGCAGCACCUUCUCAUGACAGCUCACCUUAAAGUGAGUAAAGGGGGAAGUGAACCAAUGCUGAAGGUCAAAAAUCAUUGCACAGUACAUGAAUGGUUUUAAUUAUUAUAUUGAUGAAGAUACUUUUUUCAUUGUCUAAUUUCUCUCUUUCUGUAAGGGAGCAUGGUGAUGUGUAUUAUAUCUGUAUAAUUAUUAUUCUUGAAUAAUACCCUUACAAAACAAAUUUCCAUGUAGCCUUUCUUCACGUUUUUUUUUUUUUUUUUUUUUUUUUUUUAUAUUUUCAAUGGAUGUCUGCACUCCAAUAAAGUAAGUGUGUUUGUAG